AUGUCACUACACAAGGAAAUUUGUAAAUACAUUGCAAGAUCAAGCUCAAAACCUUUGCACAAAUUGGAGUUUGAACCAACCAAGCGGAAAGCAGGUGCAUUAUCUCAGAUUUUUAGAAAAGUCUUCUUUCCUUAUUAUUUCAAAUUUAUUCGGGCACCUUAUGAAAGGUGGCAAUUCUGUGCUAUGACAAAAUUUUUGAGAGAACAUGGAUUAAUGUACGACGACAUGUAUAGUGAUAAAGACCCCGUGAUCGAAAGAGCAAUAUCUUUACUACCAAAAGACAUCCAAAUAAAACGAUACAGGAGAAUGUUAAGAGGAACACAUAUAAAUUUUCUAAGACUUUAUUUACAUCCAUCAGAACAGAAUUAUGACCCAUACAUUCCCUACCUGGCCCCAUAUAUUGAAGAGGCCAAAUUUCAACUGCAAGAAGAAGAAGAAUUAUUAGGUUAUCAUCCAUAUGAUAGAAGGUUAUUUACUGGUGGUACUACAGGUUUUGGUGAUUUAGAACCAGGUAUGCAUUUUCUCGUAUCAAUUCCAAAUCUUUAUGGGGCGGCCAUACCACACACUUUAAAGAAGAAGUAG